ACAAUCCCACUCCAACGCUCGCUCCGUUUUUCGCUCUGCCCGACGCGUUGCGUGGACCGUUUUCACCCUCAAGCUCCUCCCACCGGGCCCCACCCCACGCUCUCUCUCUCGCUCGCUAGCUCGCUCUCUCUCACAUCAAUCUUUCUGCUGCUUCUCCUCAGAAAUCUCCUCCUCUCAAAUCCGAUUCGCGAGCCUCCAUCGCCACUCGUGGAUAAAAAGCAUGGAGGAAGUGUCCACCGGGGCUCUGGUCCCGGCGGUGAAGCCUGAGCCGGUCUCGUCGUCGGCGACCGUGGCUCCUCCUCCGCCGCCGCCGGAGGUCGCCGGGGACACCACCGCCGCGGAGGUCUCCACCACCGAGCAGCUCGACAGGGACUUCCUGUGCCCAAUUUGCAUGCAGGUGAUCAAGGACGCGUUCCUGACGUCGUGCGGGCACAGCUUCUGCUACAUGUGCAUCAUCACUCACCUCCGCAACAAGAGCGAUUGCCCCUGCUGUGGCCAUUUCCUCAACAACAACCAGAUUUUCCCCAACUUCAUGCUCGACAAGCUAUUGAAGAAGACUUCUGCUCGGCAAGUAUCAAAGAAUGCAUCACCCAUUGAACAUUUUCGCGUGGCGCUGCAACAGGGUUGUCAAGUGUCAAUAAAGGAGCUAGAUAGCCUUCUCGUGCUUCUUGCAGAGAAGAAGAGAAAAAUGGAACAAGAGGAAGCUGAGAGAAAUAUGCAAAUUCUUCUUGACUUCUUGCAUUGCUUGAGGAAGCAAAAAGUUGAAGAGUUGAAAGAGAUACAAAAUGAUCUCCAGUAUAUCAAGGAGGAUAUUAAUGCUGUGGAGAGACAUAGAAUAGAGUUGUAUCGGGCAAGAGACAGGUACUCGGUGAAGCUGAGGAUGCUUGGAGAUGAUCAUAGCAUGAGAAAGCCGUGGCCUUCAUCAAUGGAGAAAACCACUAGUGGCUUUACCUCCAGUAACAUCAGCGCCAGAGGAAAUUUGUCCUCUGGUAGUCUACAGAGCAAGAAAAUGGAAGCAAAGGCUCAAGUGAGCUCCCAUGGAAUGCAAAGAAAGGAUGCUCUCAGUGGGUCAGACUCACAACACAUGAAUCAAUCCAGUCUUUCGGUGAUAAGGAAAAAGCGAGUUCAUGCACAGUUUACUGAUCUCCAAGAGUGUUAUCUACAAAAGCGACGUCAGUUGGCAAAUCAACCACAUUUCCAGGAUGAAAAGGACAUAAAUGUCAUACAUAGGGAGGGUUAUACUGCAGGUCUUGCUCAUUUUCAAUCCGUAUUGUCCACCUUUACGCGGUACAGUCGUCUACGGGUAAUUGCUGAACUAAGGCAUGAGGAUUUGUUUCACUCAGCUAAUAUAGUUUCGAGAUUCUGCUGCAGCAUUGAAUUUGAUCGAGAUGACGAGCUAUUUGCCACUGCCGGAGUUUCCCGUCGCAUAAAGGUUUUUGACUUCUCAACAGUUGUGAAUGAGCCAACUGAUGUGCACUGUCCUGUGGUUGAGAUGACCACAAGGUCCAAACUUAGCUGCUUGAGCUGGAAUAAGUAUGCCAAAAACCAUAUAGCAAGCAGUGACUACGAGGGAAUAGUGACUGUCUGGGAUGUGGAUACCCGGCAGAGUUUGAUGGAAUAUGAAGAACAUGAAAAACGAGCAUGGAGUGUUGAUUUCUCAAGGACAGAGCCUUCGAUGCUUGUAUCUGGUAGCGAUGAUUGCAAGGUCAAGGUUUGGUGCACACGACAGGAAGCUAGCGUGCUAAACAUUGACAUGAAAGCAAAUAUAUGCUGUGUCAAGUAUAAUCCCGGAUCUAGCAACUACGUAGCGGUUGGUUCAGCUGAUCACCAUAUCCAUUAUUAUGACUUGCGCAAUAUCAGCCAACCGCUCCAUGUAUUUAUGGGACACCGUAAAGCUGUUUCAUAUGUGAAAUUCUUGUCCAACAACGAGCUUGCUUCUGCAUCCACUGACAGCACAUUACGGCUAUGGGAUGUAAAGGACAAUUUACCGGUUAGAACGUUUAAAGGCCACACGAACGAGAAGAACUUUGUGGGUCUAACGGUAAAUAGCGAAUACAUAGCGUGCGGCAGCGAAACUAACGAAGUCUACGUCUACCACAAGGAAAUAUCAAGGCACGUCACUUCACAUAAAUUUGGUUCGCCGGAUCCCGAUGAUCCCGAUGAUGAUGCGGGAUCUUACUUCAUUAGCGCCGUGUGCUGGAAAAGCGAUAGCCCAACCAUGCUAACUGCUAACAGCCAGGGAACAAUCAAAGUAUUGGUACUCGCCGCUUGAUUAUGUUGAGGAAGACCAGAAAAAUAUGAUGAAGAGCGAAAUUAUACAGAAGAACCGUCUCUGGGAACUCCGCUCCGUCAUACUUGAUCAGCGGUAUUAACUUUUGUAAGAAAACAAAGCUCCUGCUGUAAGGCCCGCAAGGUUGUAGAUAAAGGAAUAAGUGUAUGAUGUAUCUAGUUACGUAGGAAAUUGCCAAUUUACCAAGGGCAAGGGAAAGGGCAAUAGAAUAUUGAUUCUUGUUCAACCGAAA